AUGGAACAUGACCUACUGGAGCAUAUACUUGACGGAAGCAUGAAACCAAGGGAUCUACCGUUGUCACUUCUGAAGAACAUUACAGGCAAUUUCUCCGAAAAGAGGAAAAUUGGUGAGGGUGGAUUUGGAAUAGUCUACAGGGGUGCCCUCCCAAAUGCGGAAGUUGCUGUGAAGAGGAUUAUUAAGAACGUCCAGACAAAUGAUGAGAACCUAUUUCGUCGGGAAGUUGACAGCAUGAUGGAGGUCAACCAUCAAAAUAUAGUUCGGUUUAUUGGCUUUUGUUCUAAUACAGAGCAUAAAAGGAUCCAACAUGGAGUACCAGGAGGAUACAUUUACGCUGAGGCUAGAGAGCGAAUACUGUGUUUCGAGUACAUCAGCAAUGGCAGCUUAGAUAAAUAUAUAACAGAUGAAUUAAGAGGACUUGAGUGGGAUACACGCUAUAAUAUAAUCAAAGGAAUAUGUGACGGUUUGGAAUAUCUUCACAUGAAAAAGCAUAUCAUUCAUAUGGACUUGAAACCGGCUAAUGUUCUAUUGGAUAAUCAUAUGGUGGCCAAAAUUACUGACUUUGGUCUAGCAAGAAUGGAUGGGAAUUCACACACUACAAACCAGGUUUUCACACUGGGAUAUUGUGCUCCAGAAUACCUACUUGGUGGGAGGAUGUCAGUCAAAUCUGAUGUGUAUAGUUUAGGGGUCAUAAUCAUCGAACUCGUGAUGGGACGUAGGGGCACUCCAGACAUCAAUAAUAUAAGCCCAUACUGGGAGGAUGACAUGCUUGGGGUGAAGCCACUCGAGCUACGUUUUCCAUUUGUGCUUAACAAGGAGAUAUCAUGCACACUUGAGGUAACCAACGGGACAAAUUCUUAUAUUGCCUUCAACAUAGAAACGAUGAGCCCCCUGCCAUACUGCAUAAAGGCAAACAAAGUCAUUGUGCCACCACAAUCCAAGUGUAGUGUCAACAUAACAUUGCAACCACUAGACAAGGUACCAGAAGGUAAGCAGUACUCUGACAAUUUCAUCAUCCGAAGCACCAAAGUCAGCGAGUGUCUUACAUCUGAGGAUAUAACUGAAGAUAUGUUCAAUUUGGAGGAGGGUAAAGUGGUUGAUGAGGUGACUCUCACGGUUGUACAUGAUGAGCCUUUCGAGCCCCAUGUGGAUCUUCUGCUCGAGUCGCUAACAAUUUCAGGUACAAAAAAUCUGAACAGUACAGAGAAAUCCAAUGUGCCAUCAGCAGAGACUGAAUCGACGGUAAUUAAACUUUCAAAGAAUUACCUACCUUCCAUAACAGAAGCUAUAUUUUUCGAAGUAUUUAGAUCCAGUCGACAAUUAUGCUGGGAUAUAACUAUAACAUCGACAAAAAACAAUCCCAAGCAUCCAACCAUUUUGGUAUUCUGGCUACGAGAACAGUAUAAUCAUAAUUGUAAUUUCCUUCAUUUGACUAUGUCACUAUGA